AUGGCUCGGACAAGGAAAACGGCUGUUGACCCCGAGUACAAAUCAGAUGAUUCAGCCGGUACACCGGUUGAAGACGUUCCCUUUGAUCAACCAGGUGUUCCAAGCACGCCUAGUGAUGAGAUUUUGGAGGAAUCUGGGAGCUCAAGUGAUGAAACCGAUCAAGAAGCCGGAUCUACAGAGUCCACCAUGACACCGGAUGACCCACAAGUGAAUGAGGAGGCAUACAACUGGCCUUCAACGGGAAGCCAGAACGUUCCCCGCUCCAUUCGCCAGAUGGUGAGACCGGGUGGGGAGCUUCCUCAACCGCCUUCACAAAGGCGCAGGGUCUCAGGCGGCCCUGCACCAUCAUCAGUUGGCAGAACACCGGCUCCUGAGAGGCCCACAACCACAGGAAAAAGUCUCCAGAGCCUAGGCCUAAGCUCUGAGCCGACUAGAUCUAGGGAGCCUGCUCCUUCUAGCCGGGUGCCGAGUAUUGCUUCCGGCUCCAAUGCGAUUGGGGGUGGUGGCACCCCUCAGCCUGAUGACCAAGAUACCGCUUCUCGCUGGCCGGACAUGCAAAAUUGA